AAAAAAAAAAAGCUUCUUUCAACAUCAACAGCACUCAUAGUUGACUCAGCACUUAUUUACACUUCAUCUAAUCCAUUGUUUAGUUUCAUUCAAGUCAUUGAGAGGGAAUCCACUGAUCUUACGGAUGAGGCAUGUCCAUGAACACACAGAGAAUGGAAAAAGACGCUUCUGAUAAACUAGUCCAUGGGACCAGUAUUGAUUACCAGGAACGUAGGAAGCGUCUGCGACUAUUACCACCAAGUCCACCUGCUGCACUUAAUCCAUUUAAUGCACCGACUGUGAAUGCUCUAGAAGGGAUGUUUGAGCGCGUCAUGACUAUCGCGAACGCGUCUACUCAGCCCUUAUCGUCGUCUUUAUCGUCAUCCUUGGGUAGUAAUAAUAGGAGUGAUGGUAGUAAAAGGCUUUUAUCAAAGAACAAUGAGGAGAAAAGCAGUAAUAUACCACAAGAACAAGAUACUAUUGCCUCAUCGCAUCCACAGCUAAAGUAUCAAAAACCAGCCACGGCCACAACUUACACUGAUGAUCAUCACAAGCGCAUUCCACCCUUCUCGAUAUGGCCACUGAUCUCCAAAGCAGCAAUAGCAAAAACAGCAUCUGAGUCUGCAGCAUCAGUCAAUUAUCGAUACAUGUUGCCCCCCUCUGACGUCAAUGUGCCGGUAGCAACAACAGGGAGUAACUCAGAGACUCAUCAGCAAAACUCUAGGGCACCUGCUCUAAUUGCUCAGCAGCAGGUCUCAGCCUCAAUAGUAUUUGCUCAACCUUCCGAUCCAUUUGGCAAAGAAAUGCAAACUGGAGCAGUGAACAAUGAAUCUGAGAGUGAUGAUGAUGUCGUGGAGCUUUUGUCAUCAGAUGAUGAAGAAAAUGUCGUAGAGGAGGCUGAAGAGGAAUUUGAAGUAGAGGACGACGAUGGCGAGGAAUUUACAAUAGAAGGCGACGAUCAAGAAGAAGAUGAUGGAGAAGACGGAGAGGAGAGCAAUGAAGAUCAAUAUGAUGAAGAGGAAGAGGAAGAGGAAGAGGAAGAUAAGGGGGAACAAAACAAUUUUGAUACAGGUAACACCAUUAGAGGUGGAUAUCCCUAUCGUUCUGUAACAGCAGCAACAGCUGGUAUCGUAUCGUUAGCUGAUAGUGAUGAAGAGCAAGACUAUAAAGACGACAAGGAAGAGCGAGCUUUAGCUCAGCCAUCACAUGAGACCAGUUAUUUCGAAAAUGCAGAGCAGAAUCGCGAUGAUGAUGACGAUGAUGAUGAAGAGCGGCAGGGAGAUGAAGAUAGGGAAGAAGAAAUUGAUGAAAAUGAAGAGGAUGGUGAUCAGGAGGAAUGCAAAGAGGUACGGAGAGAGUAUACACGAAGCCGUUGGCAGGAACAAGGGCGAGGCGCGGGAUUCUCCAGUCAAGAAGAUGAUGAAUUACAAGAGCAGUACCAGGACGAUGAAGCCGUUCAAGGAAUUGAUACAGAUGUGUGCAUAGAAUACGAAGGUGAAGAUGCAGGUGAAGGCGAGGAUGAAGAUGAAGGUGAAGAUGAAGGUGAAGAUGAAGGUGAAGAUGAAGGUGAAGAUGAGGGUGAAGAUGAAAGUGAAGAAGAAGACGAGGAGGGUGAGGGCACUCAGAAUCAAAUUUUUGGAGCUGUGCCAAGAUCAUUGGAGCCGUUGACAGACUAUCAUUCACCUGAUGACUACGAAUCACCAUCAGCUUCUCCCGAGCCUGCUAGCGAUGGUGUCGUGCUUGUACUGGAGAGCGAGGAUGAUGGUACAAAGGAUCGGCCUGGACUCGAGCAUUCAACUGAUGACGAAGAUGAGGGGCAGCACGAUGGAGGAGUUGAAAGUGUUCAAGAGGAGGGUGACUAUGAGCCACAAGGCGAUGAAGUUGUGGAAGAACAUGACGACCACGCUAUUGAGCUUGAUCCUGGGGUGCAUAAAGGAGACAACGAAGGCAAUUCCUUACAAUAUGGCAGACUCCCUGAGGAGCAUUUUAAUGAGCUUAUGGAUGAAGAUCAGCAUAGCAAAUCUAUAGAGCCUAUUUCUUCGGACCCUGUGCUGGAGGAUGCAAAAGCCGAUGCUGCCAUAAGCUACGGGCUUGAACAAAUUGCUAGUAAUGUUGAAAGGUCUGUGGUCUUCGAAAAAGCCGUAGUUGCUCAAGAAAGUGUGAUGGAAGUAGAAAUGUCCAGCAUAGCAGGAUCUUCUCGAGACCAGGCAGAUGGAAAUAAUGAUUUGCAGAACUCACAGUUUCAGGAUCUCCAUGUCUCUCCGCUACUCCCAAGCUUUAUCGCUGAGGACAUUGUAGGGACCGAAGUGGACCUCAUCCCGGUGCCCAUAGACAUAGCCUUGCCUUUGGUGGAUAUUGGCCCUUCAAUAUCUACUAAGGAAUUGCAUAUUUCUGCAGAUGUUAUGCCGGAUGAACCGUCGCAAGGUUCCGCAGCCAAUACCACUAUGACAAACACACCUCCAACUCAACAUGCUACGGACAUUCAAGAGCCAGAAACCAUCGCGUUAGGCUCCAUGUCAGCGUCGGGAUCCAAUGAGCAGGGCGUUCAGCAAGGUAUUCCAAAAACGCCAGCACAGGAAUCUGCACCAUCACCAAUAAGGUCUGAAUCUGGACACGGUGGAUCCUUACUUGACCAAUUACGAGCGGUUGCUCGUGAAGAAAGGAUUUCAUUGCCACAAGAAGAUGAUCAACCGCAUGAUAUAGCAGAUGAUGGUAUCCUCCCUCAGGCAUUUCCUCUUCUAUCCGGGAGUAUAGGUCAGUUUAGCAAAGCAGGAUCACCCCUACAUCUCUCAUCAACUACAGAGGUAGGAGAAGAAGCGAUAACAGUAGCUGAGGAAAACGAUUCUGUUUCGCUCUCACCGACUCUACCCCGUCGUACAAGACCAGUAAGACAGAGCACGAUUGCACAAACAGUUCGUGAAGGCAAGGCAUUUCUGGACAAGGCCGAGGCACGGCAGAGCCCUAACAGCAAAGUCUUGCAACAAUUGCAACAGUCAGAAUUAGCGACAGCCAUACCAGAAAGUACAGAGCCCAUGGAUGAUGUACCACCAUCACCAUCAUCAUCCGUAGCAACGUCAGAAGCAGGGGCUUCAAAUUCACAUUCGAGACACAGAGGCGAAGUCAGGCUUUUGGUCCAGGAGGCAAGAGCGUUUUGCAGUGGUAUUCCUGGACCCUCUCGUAUUGGAUCAAAUCCCGCAGCCUCAGCAACAAUCCAUACAGUAUCAGGGUCCUCUCCGUCAUCAUCUCCAUCGCGUCGAUCCUUGACAGUAGAUAGCCUGAAUACGUUGUCUUCAAGGGCUCAGAGUCAAGGAUCGUCGCCUUCAAAAGGAUCUCGCUCUCGUGUGAGUUUGGGUGGUAGAAGCGACUCUUAUACCAGUGGUAGCGGCAGCAUUGGCGGCGAUGGGGAUGUUGAUAAUCAACACCCAUCAUCCUCUGGGUCGAUAUCAGCUACAGGAUAUACACAGAGCCUUGGAGUUGUAGAUUUGGCAGCAGAGAAUGUCAUUCAAAGUACGGUCGUCGGUAGCCAUGCCUUAAGACCAUUUGUUACAUCACCCUCACCUGGUCAUCAAAACCUCGGGGCCAGCAGUCAAAGUCAGAGCGGUAGAUCUCGAUCGAACAGCCAGGAGCCACAUCCAGCUUCAUCAUCUGGAGGAGUGUUUUCAGCGCAAGAACAACAUGGCCCUGUAUCUUUGUUAUUUUCAUUCGGUCAGGGACACAGCAGCAAUCGUUCGCCCGGGCCAUUUGGUUCCUCUCCGAGCGUUGGAUUCGGAUUUGGGACGUCAUUUGUCACCGCACCGAAGGAACAAUCUAGCACGAUAUCAUCUCCUUCUUCUAUGAAACAAAGUGAAACCAUAGCUGCGCCCUCAGCCCAGAACAAUAGGCUUAUUAUGGGAAAUAACGAUCAUAUAGAAGAAGAAAGCAGUGACGAGACCAAAAGAGACGAUGCAAACGAUGCUGAAGAGGGAAGUGACGAUGAGAAGGAGCAGGACGAUCGCGAGGAUGAGGGGAACGAUAAUAAUGAUGAUCAAGCUCAAGAUCGAGACGAUGAAAAUGAAUCCACUUCAAUAUCUUCAAGCUUUGCACAGGGUGACGGAGAUUCCGCGCCCAUCCAUGGAAGCAGGCAAAAAAGAGGUAUUUCAAAGACUCGAUCGAAGAAAAGGAGACGGCGAGAAACCAUCAAAUUGCCAAAGCCAACAGCGUAGUAAUGUCAGUAAUAAGAUCGACUGUUUGCCUCCUCUCUCUUUCUUACUGGACGUUGUCACAGACAAUGCCAAAAUAUUUUUGCUUUAUUAGUUGAAUAUAUUUAUGUCACUUUAAUGUU